GUCAGUGUGGAAUUCUCGAUCUCGACGACAAGCAUCAUCAUGGAACAAGUCCAAGCGUACGCGGACAAGAUCAAAGCGGAAUUGAAUAAAGUGCCCCUCCUCGUUGAAGCGGAGAAGCAAACGGGAAUGGACAAGUUGUACCUUGCCGCUGGCGGGUCGGUUGUCCUUCUCCUCGUCGUGUUGCUCGGGUUCGGUGCUGGCCUCUUGUGUAACUUGGUCGGGUUUGUUUACCCUGCCUACGAAUCGUUCAAGGCGAUUGAAAGUGACAGCUCCCACGACGACACCCAGUGGCUGACAUACUGGGUCGUGUACAGCAUGUUCCAAAUCGUCGAAGUGUUUGUCGACUUUUUGCUGUACUUCAUCCCGUUCUACUACGCGUUUAAGUUGGGCUUCCUCGUCUGGCUGUUCUUGCCGUCCACUCAAGGCGCGACCUUCCUCUUCACCCACUUUCUUCAACCAUUCUUGAAGCGCCACGAAUCCACCAUUGACGGCGCUAUUGACAACAUCAAGAACAACAGCGGCAAGGUUGUCGGCGACCUUUCUGGCCUCGCCGCCGAUGUCACCAAGGACGUUACAUCCGCCGUGUUGCAAAAAGUUGCGGACAACCAGCUCAAGACCCCUUCGUCUCCCAAGAAGACGGCGUAAAUGCGUUAGUCCUCGCCCCAGGAAUCCCUCCGUGGAUGUGCGUGAAUGCGCACCAUGAAACGGAACCAAGAGUGGCAGAAUAAUAUCUAACUUGAAAGAUUCAU